UUUCAUUUCCAUAAGCUGUUUUGUGCGUGAGGAGCUUCUUUACCAGUAAGACAUCCCCUUAAGGCAAAUUAGUGCAUUCCGUGAUAUUAACUUUAUAAAGGAAUACCUGUGCUGUAGACGCAGGGUUGGUGCAAACCAUGAGUGCCCAGCACAGCAUGAACGCGUCAGAUACCGAAAACGUUCCAGUUUCUUCUCCAAAUACCGUCCAUGGGAGUAAGGAAUCCUUACCUCGGAGUGAGGACAAACAGCCACGCUCUCGUCCUGUGAGUUGCAAAAAGCCACCUGCAAAAGAAGGGAGCAUUGGCUCCGAGCUGCGUGGCUGUCAGGACUCUGAUUAUAAAAGCCUUGUUCAGGAAAGACAGUAUCAGUUAGAGCUCCAGCAGCUGAUUCAGGCUAAUGAUGAGCUGGUAGGACUGAGUGCUGAUGAGAUGGAGAAGGACAGCUUAGAGGAAGAUAGCUCGGAUGAGAUGAUUUCAGAGGAGCAAGAAACUGACGAUUACUUGAUGUAUUAUAUAGUCAAAAUACCAAAGAAAGAGAGCAAUGGAAGGAAACAGCAGCCUGUAGACAAAUAUGCCAACCUGAGGUAUGAUCCUAACUGGAGGAACACAAAAGAAGGAGAGAAAAUUCUUAAAGCAUUAAAAACACGCUGUGCUGCUAAAGGAGGCAGCAUGGACCUUUGCCAAGAUUCAUUUUACCUCCAUCCCAGGAGCUCCUCAGGAGAAAAGAAUCAACAGGAUGCAAAGUUUCAGGAGUCAUUCUCUGAGUCUGGUCCAGAAUUACUAAGCUUUCGUGAGCCAAUUGAAAGUCAACCUCUUAGGUUACAUAGCAGAGGGAAUGAACCUUCUGAUGGCUGUUAUCGCAAAGAUUGUCCUACUACAUACAGCAGUGCUUUAUCUCUUCAGAUUCCAAAAAAUCAACCCCAACAAGCAAAAAAAGACUUUGUGGAAAAAAACAAGCAGACUUUAGGAUUACGUACAGACAAGAACAAAUCCUAUCUUCAGUUACACAGCAAAGAGCAAGAAGUUACUCAAGAGCAGGUUGCAGAUACUAAAACUGUUGAUGAGGAACCAGCUCAGAGUGCCUUGCCAAACAUGGAAAUGACCCUUGAAGACAAAUGGAACAUGAAUGCAAAGGCUAUGCAGAAGAAGCUGUCCCAAAAAAAGAAAGUAAAAUCCAAUCAGUAUCUCAAGGGGAGAGCUCUUGCAAGGAAUGAUAACCAUCAGCCAGCAGGGAGACCAGCAAAACCAAAGACUCAGCACCACCAGAUGUCAGAACUUCAGAUUGCUCCCAUGCAGGCAACGAAACAAGACAGCAGCAGUGCACUGCAGAAACGGCUAUGCCCAACUGUUGGCCCUGACACAAAUACAGCAGCAAAUUCAGAUACUUGCUUAAAUAAUAUCCCAGUGCGUACUAGCAAGAAGAACAAGAAUUGCCAGCGCAAUCAUCCAAACGGACUUCCACGUGACAAGCAACAUUUAUACAACCAUGCCACUGUGCCAUCCUUCCCAGGAGAUGGCAGUACCAGUGGUCAAGCACAUCCAAAUCAAAAGCAGACUUCAUCUGAUUUCCAUGUUAACUAUCAAGGCAUGGUAAAGGAUCAGGAUUAUAAAAGACACAUUCAUGCUACCAGUAGUUUACAGCCUUCCCAAGCUUCUGUUCACAGUUCACCUGCAGCCCUUUGUCCAGUCUCCCAGCUAACACAAACUGUGGAGCAACAACACCAAGAAAUGGUUUGUUUGAGAGAAGCUGGUGACUUGCGCUCAUUCACCCCACUUCCACCUCUAGUACCCCGCAUAGAAAGUGAGGUACAUCUAGAGAGAGGUGAUGGAAAUCAAGUGAAAAUAAGUCGAAGAAGCUCUGAAAACAAUCUCCUGCAAACGGAAAAGGAGAAACAGCGUAAAGUCUGCACAAAGCCACAAAUCUCAAAAACCUAUAUCACUCUUGAUUUGAAUCUUGGAGGCCUUGGACCUGACUAUGAAGCCAUCAAGGAAAAAAAGGAGAAGUUAAAGCAACAAAGGGAAUAUGCACAGCGAAUUAAGGAGCAAAACAUGAAAAACCUUUCUUCGGUUCAGACAUUACCGACAAAACCCCAGGUCACAUCUGCAAGACAGAAGGCACUGGAAUAUGCAAAGAUGAUUCCUAAACCAAAGACUUUCACAGCAAGGCAACCAGAUGGAAGGAUGAAAGAGGAAAGAGUUCGUCUACCUCCAAUUACACCCUUGGAGAGUUUACAAAGCAGACACGAGAAGGAGAAGCAAGUUAUAGCUGCAUUCAAAAACCUUCGUAUCUUAUAAAUGUCUAGGAAUGAUAGGGAUAUCUUCAAGGCAAAACAUAUCAGAACUGUUUGAUUAGGAGCUAUAACAUUCACAUAUUGAUUUGCCAUUCCAUUCAAAUAUUAAUUCCUCUAAGUUUUAAGUUUUAGAAUGAGCUCCACUAAAUAUUGAUGAGGUAAAAUAGUAACAUAGGUAGCAUUUUAAAUGUGCUCACCUGUUUUCUAGUUUUUUCUUGGUUGGAGUUGAAGAUCUCCUCCAACCCGAGCAAUUUUAUGACUCAAUUUUGCAGGCAGAAGUUUGUGUCAUACAUCAUCUUUGGGGGAAGUUUAGAGAAAGAAGCAUCUUGAAAGGGGGAAAUGUAGGUCAGGUUGAAGGGAGAAUAUUCUGCAUAUCAAAGUACAGCCAUGGACAUGUGCCUUGCAGUUUGUGGGACAGGACUGUCCUCUACCCCAGUCUACUUUCUUCUCCCCUAUGGGAUCUUCAGCACUUGGCCCCUCUUGGUAGAACCUGCAUGCUGCAGUACAAUCCACCCAGCCAGGCUGGUUGUUUCCAUGCAGUGCCAGUUGCUACUUUCCUACUUUCAUUUUUUUAACUAAAUAGUAACACUUUGAAGCAUUUCUGGUUAGAGAACAUCAAUCUGUUGUUUCUGCUUAAAAGUGAUAAUCCCCCCUUAAUACAAACCUCAAGUACCUAUUUUAAUGAAACCUUCAGAUGAAUAUCAAAGAGCUAUUUACUCGUAUCUAAUAUUUUAAUUAGAUUAUAUUCUCAAUUUAACCCAUUAAACUCCCUUUGAUGAUCUCCAUGUUUAGUGUUUAGCCCCAGAUGCUGAAGGUAAUGAAUAUUGGACCUUUGGUUUAAUGAGAACUUCUGCCUUUCCAGCCUGACUCCCUUUGUAUCCCCCUUUUUUUUUAUUUUCUGAGCUAUAGAAUUCAGUUAAU